UUCAUUCAAAAACACUGAAUCGCAAACUCCACUACAAGCAGCAGCAGUAGUCAGUGUUUCAGCCACAUGCGGCAGUGAGUAAUAGAGAGAGAGAGAGAAAUAGAGAGAGAGAGAGAGAGAGAGAGAGAGAGAGAGAGAGAGAGAGAGAGAGAGAGAGAGAGAAAAGCACCAAACAUCAUCCAGCUCAUGUCAAAGCGGAUUCAGCGACAUAAACAACGCCGAUCAGCGGCUCAGACAGAUGGCCUUUUAACAGUGGCCCCACCGAGCGCGUGGAGUUGCAGCACAGUCCCCGUGUAUCCGGCGCUGUUGCUGCUAGGGGGAAAUCCGCUAGUCGGUUUAGCUCGUGACAGUUAAACUGGCCGUUGUGCUGGGAGAUUUCCAUCCAUGGCUCUGGUAACCCUGCAGCGCUCGCCCACUCCCAGCGCGGCGUCCACUUCCAGCACCGCCACCACCAACAACGCGGGGGAGGACUUUGGAAGUGACGAUGAGCGCCGGCUAAAUCAGAGUUUGAGUGAGAGCUUCUUCAUGGUCAAGGGGGCCGCUCUGUUUUUGCAGCAGGGCAGUUGUCCACAGGGUCCGAGAGGUCAAACUCACCACAAGCAUGCAGGUGACUUACCUCAGCAUCUACAGGUGAUGAUCAACAUUCUUCGAUCUGAAGACCGCAUCAAACUGGCGGUGCGGUUAGAGAGUGCGUGGUCAGACCGUGUGCGGUACAUGGUGGUAGUCUACACAAAUGGCCGUCAAGACACUGAGGAGAACAUCUUGCUGGGGAUGGACUUUAGCAACAAAGACAGUAAGAACUGCUCUAUUGGGAUGGUGCUGCCACUGUGGAGUGACACAAAGAUUCAUUUAGAUGGUGAUGGAGGCUUCAGUAUGACUACCGCCGGGCGCACGCACAUAUUCAAGCCGGUGUCAGUCCAGGCCAUGUGGUCUGCAUUGCAGAUUUUACACAAGGCAUGUGAGGUGUCACGAAGGUACAACUAUUUCCCCGGCGGCAUGGCGCUCACGUGGACGGGGUACUACGAGAGCUGUAUCGGCUCUGAACAGAGCUGCAUCAACGAGUGGAAUGCCAUGCAGGACCUGGAAACACUGCGACCAGACUCUCCUGCAGUCUUUGUUGACAAGCCAACAGAGAGGGAGAGGACAGAAUGUUUAAUCAAAUCCAGACUCAGGAGUAUCAUGAUGUACCAGGACUUUGAAAAUGUCACGUCCAAAGAGAUUCGUAGUGAGCUGGAACAACAGAUGAACCGCAACCUGAAAGAGUACAAAGAGUUCAUAGACAAUGAGAUGCUGCUUAUUCUUGGGCAGAUGGACAAAGCCACUCUCAUCUUUGACCACCUUUAUCUGGGUUCUGAAUGGAACGCUUCUAAUCUAGAGGAACUUCAGGAAACUGGGGUGGGCUACAUCUUAAAUGUUACAAGGGAAAUAGAUAACUUUUUCCCAGGAACAUUCUGCUACCACAACAUCCGAGUGUAUGACGACGAGGCCACAGACUUGCUGGCUCACUGGAACGAAACCUACAACUUUAUUGUCAAAGCAAAAAAGAAUCAAUCCAAAUGCUUGGUUCACUGUAAGAUGGGCGUAAGCCGCUCGGCCUCUACUGUAAUAGCAUAUGCAAUGAAAGAGAAUGGCUGGACUCUGGAGAAAGCAUAUAACUUUGUCAAACAGAAGCGCAGUAUCACCCGUCCCAAUGCCAGCUUCAUGAGACAGCUGGCGGAGUAUGAGGGCAUACUGGAUGCCAGUAAGCAGCGUCAUAACCGCCUGUGGCAUCCUGAUUCAGAUUGCGAUCACCCUGACUGUGAGCAAGCUGCUUCCCCUUGCUGUGUGGAUGCAGAGACUGUGGAUCACGUUACCCCUGACCCCACUAACCCCAGGGUCACCGUAUACUGCGAGCCUACCGCCCACUCCUCUCCAAUUAGCCUAGAUCUUGACCCCGGCCACCCACAAAACUACCACUACUACUUCCGCCGCCUGUCUGACUCGGCCCUCGACAGCAACCCUUCCACGCCUGUCCAUGCACCGCCUCUGGUGGAUGUAAAUCGUGUCUUCAUCGAGGUUUCUGAUGUGGAGCAAGAUGCGCUUCUCGACGAUGAAACCAUCGAAGGGCGCGCCGGCCCUCAUUUACCCCAUUCCGGUGUCCCAGAAGAGGGUACGACCGCUCGAACCUGUUCUCGAGGGGCGGAGCCUUUGGAGGAACUACGUCUACGUUUGGAGUUCAGCACGGUGGAGGAGGAGGAUGAAGAGGAGGCUCAGAAAGAGCAAGCAGAAAUGGAGGCGUUAGCAGAGGGAACGAAGGGAGGAGAUGAAAAUGAGGGAGGAAGGAAGGAUAGUGAGGAGUUGUCAAAUAAAGAGGGGAUUGAACUUGCAAGCCUGAACCAUCUGUGCAAUGAGAACUCCAACAACAAUAACCACCUCAGAACGCAACAAAAGCUCACUGAAAGUGCCCAUCUAAAGCAGCACGCUAAGCCGAGGCUUGCUCCUAGUAUGUUGUUCGCUUCCAAGCCCACCCAGAGUGCUCUGUUGGAGACUAACAGACAAGGCCUUGCCCCUUUACUCCUCAACAGUGUUAUCUCUAUACCCAAUAUCUCUAUUCAGACGCCACCCUGUGCCAACUUUCCCAUGACAGCCAAGUGUGGCAAGCUUGCCUCAGAUCUGUGCCUUGAUGCCAAUGCAAUGCCCUCGGGGCAUAAAGAUAAGCCAGAAAGCAAAUCUCUUGACAAAGAAACCGAGAACCGGACUCCGAUGCUUGAGGCCAAAGGGGAAGGAGAUUUCAGACAGAAAAUGAGUGAUGCACAAGGUUCCUCUGCUCUACACAGGAACGAGAGAGAGAUGAAGGGCUUGGAGAAGGUGGAGCCCGCUUGUUCUCCCCAACAACAAGAGACCCUGAUGCAGCUGCAACGCUCUGGCCUCGUUCGUCGCCGGAAAGAGCGAUUGGAAAAACUCUCCGGUCUCUUCCAGGAGCGUGCACGUGCAAACGAGCACCGGGGAGCGGGUUCAAGCAAAGUCGAGGACGCAACAAACAAUUCCAGUGAAUUGCCUUUUGGAUCACGGGUGGAGUUCACCCCCGAAGCAGAAGUGCCACUGACGAAUGAAGUCUUGUUGGCGGUCCUCGGGUCAGGUGGCCAGACACCGGUCUCCUCCCCGCAUGGUUCCACGCUCACCCGCAGCUCCAGCAGCGACAGCCUCCGCAGCGUACGCGGCAAACCAGGCCUUGUGCGUCAACGUACCCAAGAAAUCGAAGCCCGAAUGCGACUUGCAGGACUCACUGUACCUUCUCGACUAAAGCGUUCCAACUCACUCGCCAAACUAGGCAGCCUCACCUUCUCAUCUGAGGACUUGUGCUCGGCAUGCUCCUCUGAUGCAGGGACCCUUCUCAUGCUGUCGUUGUCCCCAGAACCUGAGCACUCGCUCAGCCCGGAAUGGGCCAGACCGUGGCCCUCUUCCUCGUCCUCGACCUCCACCAACAUGGAGGUCUUCAACCAAGGCGAAGCUGGACCCGAAGAGUCCAAGAGCUGACAGCGGGAAACAGUUUUAGAGCAACAGUACCUUUGGUUUCAGCUUCACCUGGAGUUCUGCAGCAAUGUUACUGAUAUUUAUAUUUAUAUAUUUUUUAAACAUUUCAGCCACUUGGGGAAAAUUGGCCAUUCACAGAAGUUCUUGAGGUGAACAGAUCUAACGAGUUGGGUAAACAGUGUCUUCUACAAAAGAAUGGCUUUCUGUUAUGAAUCCAAAACCUUCUGGACUGGCUCAAUAGAUGUGUAUUGCACUGAGUGACGAACAGUUCAUGAGGUUUUCCUCUCUGCUGUUCUGAAGCAAAAUAAGCACUCGCCAUCCCAGAGGCCAUUACUUGAAAGCGUCAAAAUAGACUAUUGUGUAAUGUUUCCAUCAGCCCACCCAUUUAUCGCUCCAUAAAUCACUUAAUUGUCGCCCGGUAUGAGUCACAUAUUCCUUCGGACAUGGUCACACAUUUGAAAAGGCUUUCAAAAAAAUCAUACACCCUGCUGUGCUCAUGCUUCCUGGCGUGAUGGUGAAAGGAAAUGGACUUUUUGCCGUGAUUAGGAACGUUUUUUUGUAUGCUGAUGGACUCUUUUAUCAUUCACAAAGCACUGAUGAUUAACUCACAGGUUUCAAAGUAGUACCUCAUACCAGUAUAGUACUGUUCGUAAGCCAGGCAGAUAACUAAACAGGAUGACUGGCAGCACUUCAACGCAGUGUGGUGUGGAGGCUCAUUGGGAAAGCUGAUGGAGGACCACCAAAAGGAGAUUUGUUUGGGAUUCUGCCAUCUUUUUAAUACUUGAUGAUGGUAUUGAAAGACAAAUCGGAGGCAACUUCAAGCUGCUGUUUUCAAUCCACUGAAACGCUCAUAGAUGCAGUUUCCGAUCUUACGAAUGUGACUGUCCAUGUUGCUGUCAAAAUGGCGGUAGGGUUUUGGGGAAAUGUUACUGUUACAGUCUCUAAUAGCACAUACUUGUUCUUGUAGAGAUUUUAUAUCAUUGCAAACUCCUCCGUAGUAGUUUCUCUAGCAGAAGAGCUGCUCCAAAUGUGAUGCAAAUGAUUCAUUUACUCAUGUAAAGAGUGACUGUUAUUUUAAAGGACUUGUUCCAGAGGCAGUGGCUUGUUCAUACCAACCGGAACUGAAGAUUUUGCAGUUUGCAGAUGAUUCAAUCCCACCACAUAAUGGCUUUACUGUUCUAACUCUUUUUCCUGUUUGUACUCGCUGUCAGUUUUCCAUAAUGAAAUCAAAGUAAGGUAGAUUGGACUGAAGAUGGUCGCUCUGAAACAAGAUCAGACUACAAUUACAAGGGAAAGGUGUGGAAUGGUUUCAAUAACUGUUAAACUGUGAGUGUGUGUUUUUGUGUGGGUGAAUCUCACAAAAGCAUUUCCAGGUCACAUUUCGGCCCAAAAAAUCAGAAGAAAAAAAAUAAAUGUUAAACUAUAUUAAAUUAUAUUUUGCAUUUAGUAACUGAACCCCCUUUUUAUGACCAUAAACAUUGCUCUCAAUGAAAUUCAUACCAAGGCAGUGUAAUGCAAAUACUGCUUAUACUACUACUACUUGAAUAAUUGGCAUAAAAUAAAAGCCAUACAACAAAUAUUACAAUGAUUUUAAAAUACUUUACAAUCUAAAUAAUGCACCAAGAAUUAUAUAUAUAUACAUACAUACAUACAUGUAUAUAUUAGGCAUUACAGUAAUGUUAAUUUAAGCUUUUAAGCAAAAUAUAAUUCCUUGUUUUUGAUUUUAUAGAUUUUAUGUGAUAUUUGGGGUGAAAAAAAAAGUACCAGACAUGUUUUUGACAGUGAUUAUCACCUCUGUGUCUGAGAACACUUGCCAUACCAGCUUUUGUGAUCACACAAGCUUUGAUAACAAACCCAUUAAUCCAACUAUGAAGUUUGUUCAUAUCCUGGUGUCAACAGCCCUUUAUUGAUCUGAUUACAGCUCGAGUUAAAGUACUUGAGGUUUAUUAUUAUGCAGCAUACUUUUCCAAUAUUUUUUAAACUGAUUUUGUACAUGUAUCUAUGCCACCACAUUGAGUUUGAGCGACAGAAAUGUGACGUUUGCGAGUGUGUGCGAGUGAGCGGUGCCUUGAACAGCGGCUACACCAUUACUGUGAACUAUUUAUGAACACAAAACCCUUUCAGAGAAUGUGUGUGCGUUUUAAUGUUAAAAACAUGAGCAGGCUCAUAGUAUAUAGACUCGUCUCCGCUUCCUCACAUGUACACUGUAUGUAAAUAUGUAUGUUGGUCAUAUAACAGAAUUGCUCACGGUACUUCCAUCUGAAAGUCAACUUGAAUCAGUUCCUUUAUCCUGUAGAAUAGAUGGUUGCCUGAAUGAUUUUUGGUUGACUGGACAAGUAUCAACACUAUUUAAUAUUCCUUCUGGGACCUGAAUAUAAAAUCUAAGAGGAAAAAUAAGCCAGAAAGCUGUUUUCUGUCAUGAACAGUUACAUGCAUCCUCCUUGAAUGUGCCCUGUACAAUCUUCUUCCCACCGAAGUCUUUGCCAUUUUUGUGUCUGAUGCCAUAUUGAGGUCAAGAGAUUACAGAUUAAAUGUUAUUGGUUGCCUGCAUUGUCUUAUGUCAUCAACAUCAAGUGCCUUACCCAGAAGCACUAGAGGCAUUGUUCUGUGUUAACUCCCAUUUGAUAAUGUUGCCUGUUAAGGAAGAGGCCAAUGGGUUACAUGGGCACAUUUUAAAGCUGGCAGACAUUUUCCUACUGUACACUCCUACAUUUUAUUGUUGUGUGAGACACAAUAGAAACCGAUCAUUGACAUGUGGCAUCAUUUCAUUUUGAUUAAAGAUGAAGACACUGCAAACUCAUGAAAGCUGUUAGAGUUGUCAAGUUUGGGGAGGUUUUCCUUUUCAAAGGAGCGAGGAAGGAUUUUAUGCUUUUAAAGUAUGAAGUGAUAACCAAAGUUUUGUGCUGAGAAUCGAUAUUAAAUGACACAUUUGGUGAUGCUGUUGCUUAUGGAACCAUCAUAGAUUCAAGCUAUUUGCAUGGGAGAGACAGUGGCUUUUUAAAAAAAAAAUGUUACAUUGGUUCUGUUACCAAAUCAUCCAUAGAUUUUCCUCUAGUUGGAUAUUGAGCGUCAUUUUGUGAAUUAGCAAUGCACAAAAUAGGAGCGCUCACUUCUCCUCACCAGGUCACCAUUGUUCUCAUUAUUAAGUAUGCAGUAAUUUUUUUUUUCCUUUGUACUGCAGAUUUGCUGUAGUUUCAAUGCAUAUUGCACUUUGUACAUUUUGUUGAUGUACUGUAUGUGUUUAUUAUGGGAAUAAACUUUUUCAUGCAAU